AUGGGAAACGACCUCCCUAUAGAAGUAAUACCCGAGUCCAUGUCAAACCUUUUCAAAAUCUCUGAAAUAACGAUUUUCGUGCAAAACGAGUACUUAAUAUUUUCUAUUGAAAUACCCUUGAUUUCAAGUAAAGUAUUAAAUGUGUAUCGAGUUGUUUCAUUACCAAUGAUAUAUUCUACCAAUACAUUAAUUUUAAUUGAACCCGAAGUCGAAUAUUUGGUAAUUAACAAUGAUAAUGAGGAAUUUUUCACUAUGACAGGGAAACAGUGGGAAUCAUGUGUAAAUUUAGGAACUUACAAAUUAUGUAAAGGUGGUCAAACAUUUCACCGCCGCUCGAGAUCGAACGUUUGCGAAGUAGUACUUCUAACAUAUCAACCAAUCCCAGAAACUUGCAAAAUAAAACUGGUAACAUUAACAACAUCCAUUUGGGAUAAGUUAGUGGAUUCCAAUGCAUGGUUAUUUUACACACAACCAACUUUAGUGACCAUCAAAUGUGCGGAACCUCCACAAAUAGUAACAUUUCAGAUCUCAGGCGUAGGAAGGUUGACCACCUCCCAAGAUUGUGAAAUCCAUACAGAAAAUUCCAUUAUAUUUCCGACAAGUAGAUCUAAUAGAGGUAUCUCUACUGAUUUAAUUCCAGAAAGCAAAAAACAUGAAUCAGUAUUAUCAAAGAGUCUUAAAAAUAUAAUUCCCCAGAACCUAAAAGACAUAAGUAUCGUACACGAUUUUAAUUCUUUAUCCAAAAGGCUAAUAGAAAUUAUUAGUGGAUUAGCUAUUAAGUUUAGAAAUAGCAUAAUUAGAAUGUACUCUCCGGAUUUACCGGAUAUUUUAUCACUAAAUAAUCGAUAA